AUGUUUGGGGCAUUCACAGCCUCGUUAUCCUCAUCUCUAUCGUCGUCAUCUCCAUUUCAUCAUCCGAGCGGCAACAAUAACCACAAUGAUGCCGCCGGAAUACAAUCAUCAUCGUGGGCACUACAUGAUUUCAUUUCCUCCCUCCUUUCCAAAACACUGAGUUCUGUAUUGUAUGAAAUUCAAAAUACAAAUCACCACUUGAGGUCAUUAUUCUCUUCGGAAAGUUCUUAUCAUCACAAUGCUCACACUUCAAAUACAAUACUGACAUCUCCAUCAUCACUAUCGACAAGUAUGGCAUCAGUACCACCAACAACAUCUGUGCCGACUAGUUUCUUUUCCAUCAUCCAUUCUUCCGCCUCUUCUGGGUCAUCUCCAUUCCUUCCACAACAACAACAAAACAGCAUUUUGAGCACAAUCAUCAGCCGUCCCCUCUCGGAUUUGUACAUUCCUUUCAAUUUUACCAAUGGCACUUCUGCAACCACACAAUCACUCAUGAUUGCAGAUUCUGUACUGGAAUAUGUUGGAGUUGGAUUUUGCCUUCUGCUGCUCGCCUUUUAUUUGACUAUACUCAUUCUUGUACUGAGGAAGAGGAACAACUUCUUCUUGUCACUAUGGCCCUCUAGAGUUUUAGUUUUGUGUGGAGUGAUUUCACACAUGUUUUUUAGUAUAAUUGCAUUACUCUCCCAACAGGAUUGGUGGACUCAAAUUCGGAGUGCCAACACUUUACAGGAUUCUGUCAGCAUGUCGAAUAAUGUACUAUGUCGCAUUUCCUAUCCUCUAGAGUUUAUAUCGUUGGUAACUGCAUUGAGCGCAGUGUUAUUUAUCAUUACCCAUAACCUUUCACCGAGAAGGAAACCAGACCGUUCUGCCUCCAUGUACUCGAGAAAAGCAUCGAUUCAUAAUGGCGUCCUCUCAACACAUGCCACAGUUGAUAGUGGUGUCUCAUCCUCCUCAUCCCCAUAUCACAAACGAAAUGCUUCUGUUGUAGACAUUUUGGCUCACGAAGAUGUCGACGCAACAAUGUCUCUCACUGGAACCACAAUUGAGGACGGCUCUGUGAAGCCUCUACUUCGGUCACAUUCGACCUCUAAAAGCAUUACCGAAAUGCGUACUCACACCCGAAGGAAAUCAGAACCUAACGUAAAACAUGCACCCUCACAAACAGAUUCGAAUAUUCAAAUCAUUGAAACAUCAACAUCACCAAGGUCCAACUCAUCUAAACAUAAUGGAUCGGAGCAAAAUAAUAACCAAACAUCUCACUCGGCUGCGACAUUUAAAAUUGAUAGCGCUCCAUUGAUUCAACAAUUUCAAAAAACAAAUCCAACGAUCAAUGUACAAAAAGAUAAUAAGGCAAUCAUUGCUAAAACCCUUAUCAUUGUAGGAUUAUUUGCUUCAAUUCAAAUUACAGGAAUUAUUGUUGAUUUAAUUUUAACUUACACGAUUGGUCACAACGGUUUGGAAUUUCUCUUCAAUCACGUCACUAGAUCGAGUGGCUAUUGUGCCCUCCCUACCUCUUCACUCCUUAUACAAGGCAUGUUUUUCUUCCCGUAUUUUAUUGCAUUUAAUAUGUAUAGCGUGAGGCUUUACAAGAAGUUGGUGAAUAAGAGAAUGAGACGACGAAUAUUGGCUUGCCAAAUUAUUAUUACGUCACUCUUUGUAAUUUUUGGAAUUUUAGGAAAAUCAGGCGAGAGUAUUUUCACAAUUUUACAAUCCAUUGAUACAGAUCAGAGCUUCUUGUUUGAUGUGUUAGUGAGAUUAUUUGGAGUGGUGCAAUCUCUGGCAUGUGACAUUCUUAUUGGCCUAUUUGUUAUUGUGUAUUUUGUAGUGCUUCCUCUUGCGGACUCUAUGAAAACUGAUAAUUUCUACUCCAAGCAAAUGUCGACUCUGUCCAACACCUCUCCUUCCCAAUCUCAAUUUGUGUAA